AUGGCCAACAAUUCGCCCAGACAUUCAGUGCAAGUGUGCAAUAGGAUCAGGAGGUCAACGCAAUCGGGACUCGAAGCUGCCGUGGUGAGGAGUUUCACCGACGCCUGCCAGCCAUACUUUAAUUUCCUGGAAUGGGCAACCCGCACCAUCCAGCUGCCCCCUGACAUGCUAAAAGAAUUCUCCGAACAGAUGUGUAACGUGCUGGAACAUCUGUUGCUGACCUUGGCAAGCAGCAAUCUCAUCACUUUGGACGAGUCCGAGCCUGACAACAUAUCUCACUUCUGCAUGGGUCGCAUCGUGCUGGAGCGACUGAGGCUGAGCGUAACGACAUUCCGCUACUGUGAGCCCACGCCGUACCUGGCCAGAGUUAACACCGGCCUCUUCAAGCGCAUGCGCUGGAAUGUGAAUCGACUCAAUUGUCCAAAAGAUGGCAAGAGCAAGCCUGAGACAGAAUACUACUACCUGUGCUACGAGGAGAGUAUUCCCAACUUGCACGCAGAUGGUGACAAUCCGGAUUCCAAAGUGGUGCGGAUGUGGUCCAUUGGUCAGUGGAUGCAGGUCCAGCCUGACCCCUGCACAGAGACCAUCUUUGACUGGGUGCUUUGUGAAGUCCCCGAGGGCACCUUUGAGAAGCUCCUCUUGAUGGGUAGCGAAGAGCCAACAAGUUGCACAGCCACAGAACACCUGCUGCAGCUACUUAUGUCAUCCAUGAACUCGGCAGCGCUUUUGUAA